AUGGCACAGGUUGGGGCUAACAUGGAGUAUCAGGAGUACAAAUGGGCUUACUCAAUCAUGGAUUCUUCUAAAGUAUCUGCCUGCUUAAUAUCAAUGCUAUUGAUAGUGUACGGGAGUUUUCGUUCGUUAAAUAUGGAGCGCGAAGCCCGAGAAAGGGCUGAGAAGGAAAGAGAGGCCUCGCUACUUGGCGGAAAGCCCGUACCCGGCACGUCUUCUUCGAACAGUAAUGUACAAACUCUGAGCACGAUGCAGGCGCUGUGCUUCCCGCUGGGCUCGUCCGUGGCGUUGCUUAUAAUGUUCUUCUUCUUCGACUCCAUGCAGACCCUCGUCGCCAUUUGCACAGCCAUAAUAGCGUGCGCGGCGCUGGCGUUCCUGCUGACGCCACUGUGCCAGUACGUGGCGGGCGGCUGGGCGCGCGGCGCGCUGUGCGGCCGCUACUCCGCGCCCGAGCUGGCCGCCGCGCUGCUGGCCGCCGCCAUCGUCGCCGUCUGGGUGCUCACCGGACACUGGCUGCUCAUGGAUGCGAUGGGCAUGGGUCUGUGCGUGACGUUCAUCGCGCUGAUCCGGCUGCCGUCGCUGAAGGUGUCCACGCUGCUGCUCACCGGCCUGCUGCUCUACGACGUGUUCUGGGUGUUCUUCUCUUCUUACAUAUUCACUACUAACGUCAUGGUCAAAGUCGCUACCAGGCCAGCCGAGAACCCCAUGAACGUGGUGGCGCGGCGCCUGCAGCUGGGUGGCGCCAUGCGCGAUGCGCCCAAGCUUUCGCUGCCCGCCAAGCUCGUGUUCCCCUCCAUGCACCACCAGGGACACUUCUCCAUGCUCGGUCUGGGCGACAUCGUAAUGCCGGGCCUACUGCUGUGCUUCGUGCUACGCUACGACGCUUACAAGAAGGCCACUCUCGUCUGCCAAAUGGGACAAGUGCCCGGACCACGCUCCAUGGGCUCCCGACUGACGUACUUCCACUGCUCGCUGCUGGGCUACUUCCUGGGGCUGCUGACGGCCACGGUGUCGGCGGAGGUGUUCAAGGCGGCGCAGCCCGCGCUGCUCUACCUCGUGCCCUUCACGCUGUUGCCGCUACUCACUAUGGCAUAUGUUAAGGGUGAUCUCAGAAGGAUGUGGAGCGAGCCGUUCAUAGCGCCGCCCGCGGGCAAGGGCGGCGCCGACUUCGACGUG